UGAAAGGUAUAAUCGGAAACGCUGCUGUUGGUUCAUUUUGUGGUGGGUUGACGCCGUCAGUAGUCGCUGUCAGCUAUAGGAUGAGUUUCAAAGCUCCACAUCACCAGGAGAAUGAAGAAGAGGAGGAGGAGGAAGAAGAGGAGGAAGAAGGCAACAACUUGACGGAGGUGAAGAUGAGUCAGAUCGUGAUGCCGUGUCACAGCAACCAUCGAAACGAGCUGAGUGUGGGACAGCUGCUCAAAUGGAUGGAUUCCACUGCCUGUCUAUCUGCUGAGAGGCAUGCUGGAUGUCCAUGUGUCACCGCCUCUGUGGACGACAUCCACUUUGAACACACCAUCAGGGUGGGUCAGGUCGUGAACAUCAAAGCAAAGGUCAACAGAGCCUUUAAUACCAGUAUGGAGGUGGACAUACAAGUGUGCUGUGAGGACUUGUUUUCUGAUCGUCACUGGAGAGUUUGUCAUGCCUUUGCCACCUUUGUUACUCAGCGCACCAAAACUGGACAAAAGGUGCUUUUGAAGCCCAUUGUGCCUCACACUCAGAAAGAGAAGGUGGAGUACAGCGUGGCAGUAGAAAGACGAAGGGUCAGGAUGUUGCAUGAUGACAUCAUCAGUGAUCUGCUGUCCCAUGGGUCCUUUCAGGAGGCUCACAGUUCGGCCGUUGAUGGUGCAGUGGCAGCAGAGAAGACCAGAGUGGAGAGUGUCGAACUGGUUCUACCGCCACACGCGAACCAUCAGGUGAAUACAUUUGGCGGACAGAUUAUGGCUUGGAUGGUGAAUGUAGCUACAAUUUCUGCAAGUCGUCUGUGUCAGGCUCAUCCAACUCUUCGAAGCAUUGAUAUGUUCACAUUCAGAGGACCAUCUCAGGUUGGAGACAGACUGCUGCUGAGAGCAAUAGUCAACAAUGCUUUCAAAAGCAGUAUGGAGGUGGGCGUCCGUGCAGAGGCCUAUCAGGAGGAAGGACCUAACCGACACAUAAACUCUGCCUUCAUGACCUUUGAGGUUCUGGAUGACCGUGGGAAGCCAUGCACGUUACCACGGAUAUGGCCCGAACCCUUGGAAGGGGAAAGAAGGUUCCAAGAGGCCAUAGCCAGGAGGAAGAUCCGGUUGGACAGAAAGUACAUCAUUUCUCGCAAGCAAACCGAAGUUCCUCUGUCUGUACCGUGGGAUGUCAGAAACCAGGUGUAUCUGAGCUACAACAAUGUGUCGGCACUGAAGAUGUUGGCUGCUAGAAACAAGUGGCGUCUCACUUCAGAGAAAGAUGAGGUGCAUCUUUACACUCUGGAGGAGAAGUCCACGCUGAGCUUUAGGGUGGAAGCAGAAGUGGAUGUUCCUGCCAACAGAGCGUUUUGUCUGCUGUCUGAUCUGCGUAACAGAACCAACUGGGACAAACAUUAUCAGAAAUGUGAGCUGAUUCACCAAGUGAAUGAUGAUGACUUUUUGUAUCGUGUGGUGGCACCUUCAGUGGCCAUCUCAAGUUCAGCCAAACAGGAAACCGGGAUCCUCCAAGACUUCAUUCUGCUGGCUUCCAAUAGGCAGCCGUGUGGCAGCAGAGAUCCGUAUGUCAUCGCCCUGCGUUCAGUGUCACUGCCCACUCACCCGCCCACUGCAGGAUGUAACAGAGGAGAGGUUCUGUGUGCCGGAUUUGCUAUAUUAGGUACAAAAGACAACAAGUCUCUGAUCACUUACUACAACCAGGCAUCACCAGAGGUUCUUCCCUACAUCUCGACUGAUAUUGCCGGCUUGUCCUCCUCUUUCUAUCACACCUUCUGCUCCUGCAGCAAAUACCUGACCAGAAACAGACUGCACUCAGUGCCAGCAGACCAGGACCAAGCCAAGAGUUCAGAAGGCUCCAGUGAAGCUGAUACACUGUCAGGGCGCCUCUAAAGUACAGACCUGUAGAGGGCUUUAUGCUGCCACAAAACAUUUCUGAUCCACUGUGCCCAGGCUUCGCCUAUAUGUGUUUUUUUUUUUUCCUCUUC